AUCAAAAAACAAUUUUGAUUGAAUCAUCAUCUUCUGACAGUUGACGAAUCUCUAAAUCGAAGAAAAUCAUAUUGUUUCUGCUUAUUUUGUGUGUUUCUGUAAUUUCCACCCACACACGUCUAAUUUAAGUAAAAUACAAACGCCCAAUAUAAGUGAAAAUGGCAUAUUUAUACUGUCUGAGAUGAAAAAAACACGUUUACCUGCAGUACACUGUUGGCCAACAUCAAACGGAUAUACAGUUCAACAAAAGCUGUUUUAACAAAGUGCAGAUUUUGACCAAUCUACUACAGAAAUUAUGGGGAGUAAUGAACAGAUGCUUAAAUCUUACCUUAGUAAGUACAAGUAUGCAGACAUAGCAAAGAAAGAUAUAUUAGGUGUUUUUUCACAAUAUAAGGACUUGAGACCAACUCAUGGCCCAUUCAUAUUUAAUGAUGGUUCACAAAAAGAUCUAGUAAACCUAGAUGGAACUAUACCUGUAAAUUACAGAGGUAAUAUUUACAACAUACCAAUUGGUAUCUUUAUACUUGACACUCAUCCAUACAAUCCUCCAAUAUGCUAUGUCAAACCUACUAAUACCAUGCAAAUAAAACAGGGAACCAAUGUAGAUGCCAAUGGUAAAGUGGAUUUACCAUAUCUCAGAGACUGGAGAUAUCCACAAUCAGAUUUAUUGGGCUUGAUACAGAUUUUAGUGAUAGUGUUCAGUGAGGAACCACCUGUUUUCUCUAGAUCUGCAUCCUCCCAGAAUAGGCCACCUCCAUACCAAGGCGGCUCCCAACAACCACCAUAUCCAUCGCAAGGUGGAUUUCCGAUGCCACAACCAUAUUCAUCAGGUUAUCCUCAGCAAGGUGGCCAAGGUGGCCAAGCAGGGAGUUAUCCAAAUUCAGGUUUCCAGGGAUAUCCAAACUAUCCAAACCAACCAGCUCCAGCUGCAGGAGGAUAUGGUAAUAGUGGAUUUAGUGGAUAUCCAGGUCAACAACCUCAAGGAUAUCCUAGUUCUACUCCAGGAUACCCAGCAGCGACAUCUGGAUAUCCUUACAGUGGUGGUGUACAGACUGAAUCAACCACGACUGCAGCCAAUCGUCCAGGAAGUAAUAUGACAGUGACCGAGGAACAUCUGAGGAUGUCUCUGCUAUCAGCGGUAGAAGACAAAAUGAAGAGACGACUUAGAGAAAUAUUUGAACAAGCUCAAGCUGAAAUGAAUGUCCUAUACAAGACCCAGUCAGAUUUAAACACAGGAAAGACCAAGUUAGAACAAAUCUUUAAAGAUCUGGAACAAGAAAAAGAAGAAAUAGAAAGCAAUAUAAAACUAUUAAAAGAUAAAGAUAGAGAGUUAAAAGAAGCAUUACAGAAAGUAGAACACCAAGAUAAACUGGACAUAGAUGAAGCUGUUAUAACUACUACACCACUGUAUAGACAAUUAUUGAACUCAUUUGCAGAAGAACAAGCUAUUGAAGAUGCUAUAUAUUACUUAGGUGAAGCUCUUAGAAAAAAUGUUUUAGAGCCAGAUGUGUUUUUGAAGCAAGUACGAGAGUUAUCAAGACAACAGUUCAUGAAACGAGCACUUAUUCAGAAAUGUAGAGAGAAAGCUGGUCUUCCUCCUUUAGCCUGACCGAUUUUUACAUUGUUACAUUAUAUAAAUAAUGUGGAUGUUAUUGUAUAUUUUUGUUAAUACAUAAAGUUUUUAUGAGACUGAGGGGGUGAAAUUUUUGCACAUUUUAUAGUGAACAGAUAAAACAGUUAUAUCUAUCAGAGAUAGAAAGCAGAGUAGAAAAAUCUGCAAAAAUUGAACUCAAAAUUGAUGACUGCGACUCUUUUAAAUGUUUGUCACUGGUGAUUGAAAAAUAGAUACAGUACAUAUUGUAUAUGUGCUGAAAAUAAUGCAAAAAUUAUAAAAUGUGAGGACUUAUUUAAUUUAAUCAUAGGUUUGCAUAUUGUUUACAUUAUAUUUGUUGGUUGUAUAGAAAACAAACAAAUUAUUCACAACAAAAAUAUACUGUGAUUUAUUUUUAUUUGUGGGGUGCAAAUUUUUGUGGAUUUUUGUGGUUAAAUGUUAAACCACAGAUUGAAAUGUUCAAUGAUUUAUAAAUUUGCUAUAGGCUUUAAAGAAAACUGUGGAAACACCAUGAAAUCAAAUAUCCCAGAAAAUACAAUUUUUCCUCAAUCCACUAAAAUCGGUAGCCACGAAAAAUCAAUGAAUCCACAGUAUUCACCAUUGCUUAUAAUAUUCUCACUCUAUAUCCAGGCAUAAAAGAACAAUCAUCAUAUUUUUCUUUAUUACAUAUACAUAUUAUCACAUUUAUCUGAGGAAUGGAUAAUUUAGUUUUAUCAUUAUGGUUCUGUUACACACAUUUUUUUGAAAAUAUUUCAGACUGUCAUUGAUAUCAUAACAUUUCAUACAAAUUUAUCAUGUUUUUCUUUGCUUUAUUAAUCUUUUCUGCUUUAGCUACAGACUCGUCAUAUCCUGAAAUUUUUACAUAAGAAUAUCAUAUAAAAAGUUGAAAAAAUCUGUCCAUAAUUUUUUUUAAAUUAGUGGCCCAAACAUUAAGUUUUUAAUGAUUUUGCAGAAAAACCAAAGCUGUACGUUAAGCACUAGUAAAAAUCUUAAAUAAAUCAUUGAAUUUACUAUGUAAAA